AUGUGUGUGAGAUACAAAUAACUUUUCGCUGCCAACUAUUAGCAGUAUCAUUUCAGACAACCUAGGAAGCAGUUAAAACCUUCUUAAAUAAAUUUUUAAUAAAAAAUAAAAGAAAAAAAUGAAGUCUUUUUUAAUCUUUGUUCUUUGCAUUGUCCUAACAUUGGCUAGACCCCAACGUUUUCCCGUUCAACAAUUCCCCAAUCAAGGUUUUAUUGGCGGUGGCAAUAAUAUCUUUUUUCCCAGCAAUCCCAAUAACAAUUUUAAUAAUAAUGGUAAUAGCGUAACAACACCAGCUCCAGCUGGCACACCAACAACAGCAUCACCACAAUUUUUGGCAUGUAUGCAGUCAUGUCCCUCAACAAUGGAAUAUAAUCCUGUUUGUGGUAGUGAUAUGGAAAAUUAUCAUAAUAAUGGACGUUUGGGUUGUGCACAAAGAUGUGGUAAAAAUGUAGCUGCUUUGCGUAUGGGUACUUGCAAUCCAUUGUAAAUCUUCUAAAUAAGAAACUUUUUUUCAAAAAAAUGUACUGAAUUUAAAAUGCAAUUGUUAAUUACAUCACUAUUUAUUAAGAAUUAAGGCUAAUCACAGUUUGUCAAAAAAUGUUGUUUACUUUAUUUAAAUAUUUGUUCUUUUUUAUGUUAUUUCAAAAUAUGUAGUAAUGUUAUUUUAAAGUUUUUCAUAAAUUUUUAAUUUAAAUAAUGUAUGUACUUAAGUAAUCUUGUUUUUAGUGAUAAGAUUGUUCUGAAUAAAUUUCCCCAUAUUAUUUAAAACAAA